UCGUUUUAUUUCUUUGUUUAUAUUUCUUUCUUUCUUUCCUGCCUUCUUCUUUCCUCACUCUGUCUUUCGCCGUAUGUCUGACAUUUCCACCACACAUUACCCCAUAAAGCAGAGAAACCAACCCCAAAAAAAUACUCGAACAAAACAAACCUUUAAAAGUAUAAAAAAUUGACUCCAAGAAGAUUAUCUUUUCCAUUUAUUUAUUUUUUUAUUCAAUUUUCCAAACGCUUUUCUUAUUUCUUAUUAUUAUUGUUUUAUAUAUCUCUCUCUCUCUCUCAUUCAAGAAUAAAACCCCCACAUUUUCAUGCACUUCUUCCCGCUUUUGUUUUCUUGCCUUUUCUGCUCUCAGAGAAAAUCUCUUUCAAGCCUUUCAUCAUACAUCUUUCACCAAAACCAAAACCAAAAAAAAAAAAAAACAAAAAGGCAUUUCAUCAUACAUCACCACCGCACCAUGAACUCGCCCACUUAUGGAUCCGACCCGGUUUCACCCAACACCACCUACGUUCAAGCUGACCCAUCAACCUUCCGAGCAGUGGUUCAGAAACUAACAGGAGCACCCGAAGACCCAUCAGCUCAGAAGCUCCCUCUCACACUCCCUUCUCGUUUCAUCAAUCCGAAACCCACGACCAACGAAAUGGGGCCCCGAAGAUCCGCUUUCAAGCUCCAUGAACGGAGACAGACAACUAAGAAGCUGGAGCUCAAACUCAACGCCAACUCAGCCACCACCAUCGCCGGCGGCAGAGGCACAAUCAUCAACAGCCCAUCGUCGACGACGACUUCGUCAUCUUCAUGUGGUGGGUUGUUUGGUAGGCAGAUGGUGAUGGUUUCGCCGGUGUCGCCACUAGAGUUGUUGACGCGUGGGAGUCCAAGAACGCCGGUUUCGCCUUUUCCGGAGGAAGACAGAGCGAUCGCCGAGAAGGGUUUCUUUUUGCAUCCGAGUCCACUCAGUACACCCAGAGGGUCUGAACCGCCUGAGCUUCUUCCUUUGUUUCCUCUACAUUCUCCUAGAGAUCAUCAUGACCACAACACCACCACCACCUCCACCUCCACUUCUUCUUAAUUAAGCUUUAAUUCCUAAUUAAUUAGUGUUACCAAAUUUUUUAUUUAUAUUUUACUAUAUUUUUUUUUCCUAUUUUUAAUUUUCUCAAGCUUAAUUUUGAUAAUGAUAAUGGCAUAUAUGUUAUAAUAUUAUAUGUGUUGGUAGA